GGUCCCUCUGGCCCGGCCUGACCCGGUCUGGCUUGUUCGGGCUCAGCGGCCGCGAGGCCGCAGCUCCCGAUGGAAAUCAUAUUACAUAGAAUACUUGGGUGACAUCUGCCUGAGAGAUCUCCAAGAAUUACAGAAGACAAAAAUACUAAUGCAUUUGAGAAAGCGGUAGUUUUGGGGGGAGGGGUAAAAAGCAACUGCUUUCCUGAUCUGCAACUUGGCUGGAUGCUAAGAUGUCAGUGGACAUGAAUAGCCAGGGGUCUGACAGCAAUGAAGAGGACUAUGACCCAAAUUGUGAGGAAGAGGAAGAAGAAGAAGAUGAAGACCCUGGGGACAUAGAGGACUAUUACGUGGGAGUAGCCAGCGAUGUGGAGCAGCAGGGGGCUGAUGCCUUUGAUCCCGAGGAGUACCAGUUCACUUGCUUGACCUACAAGGAAUCUGAGGGUGCCCUCAAUGAGCACAUGACCAGCUUAGCUUCUGUCCUAAAGGUAUCUCAUUCAGUUGCUAAACUUAUAUUAGUUAAUUUCCACUGGCAAGUUUCAGAGAUAUUGGACAGAUACAAGUCCAAUUCUGCUCAACUGCUUGUUGAGGCUCGAGUUCAGCCUAAUCCAUCAAAACAUGUUCCCACAUCCCAUCCCCCUCACCACUGUGCAGUGUGUAUGCAGUUUGUGCGAAAGGAAAACCUACUCUCUCUGGCCUGUCAGCACCAGUUUUGCCGCAGCUGCUGGGAGCAGCACUGCUCAGUUCUCGUCAAGGACGGCGUGGGCGUGGGAGUCUCUUGUAUGGCUCAGGACUGUCCACUCCGUACACCAGAGGACUUUGUGUUUCCAUUGCUUCCCAGUGAAGAAUUGAGAGAGAAAUACAGGCGCUACCUCUUCAGAGACUAUGUGGAGAGUCAUUACCAGCUCCAGCUGUGCCCUGGUGCAGACUGCCCCAUGGUUAUUCGAGUACAAGAGCCUAGAGCUCGCCGAGUACAGUGCAAUCGGUGCAACGAGGUCUUCUGUUUCAAGUGUCGUCAGAUGUAUCACGCACCCACAGACUGCGCCACAAUCCGGAAAUGGCUCACGAAGUGUGCAGACGACUCUGAAACAGCCAACUACAUUAGUGCUCACACUAAAGACUGUCCCAAGUGCAACAUCUGCAUUGAGAAGAAUGGAGGCUGCAAUCACAUGCAAUGCUCCAAAUGUAAACACGACUUCUGCUGGAUGUGUCUAGGAGAUUGGAAGACUCAUGGCAGUGAAUACUAUGAGUGCAGUCGUUACAAGGAGAAUCCUGACAUUGUGAACCAGAGCCAACAAGCCCAGGCGAGGGAAGCCCUCAAGAAGUACUUAUUCUACUUUGAGAGGUGGGAAAACCACAAUAAAAGCUUGCAGCUAGAGGCACAGACAUACCAGCGGAUUCACGAGAAGAUUCAGGAGAGGGUCAUGAACAAUCUGGGGACAUGGAUCGACUGGCAGUACCUACAGAAUGCUGCCAAGCUCUUGGCCAAGUGUCGAUACACCCUGCAAUACACCUACCCAUAUGCAUAUUACAUGGAGUCCGGACCCAGGAAGAAGCUGUUUGAAUACCAGCAGGCUCAGCUGGAGGCUGAGAUCGAAAACCUCUCAUGGAAAGUGGAGCGUGCAGACAGCUAUGACAGAGGGGACUUGGAGAACCAGAUGCAUAUAGCGGAGCAGCGGAGGAGAACCCUGCUGAAAGAUUUCCAUGACACCUAAGUUGGGAUGUGGAUGUGCCGGGGUGAGGAAGAUGUGGCUGCAAGGUCUCCCGGCUGCCAUACUGCAUGCUGCAGGCUCUGCCUUUCAUGACCCCAGGCAACAGCCAGGGCCCCACUCCUGAGAGACACUGGCAACACCUCUUAGUUGAUUUCUGUUUUCUUCUCUUUUCACUUUUUGUUUCUACCAGGGUAGAGGCCAUGUUGAACUGGCCUCUUUUCAGGACUUUUAUUUCCCCCUGGAUGGUUGUUGGGAGGGAGGGAAAGUGUUUUCUGAAUGGCUAUUAAUAGUAUUAGAUAAUUACAACUUAUGUAACUUUCAAAGGUUGUACAAUUAUACAAAAAAAAAAAAAAAGGCAAACUAUAGGAUAACACAGAGCCCUUUUUGAAAAUAAAUUGGCAUUGGAGUGUUUUA